AUGGUUCGCGACUUCCUCGGCGCGGCCGCUGCCACCACCGUCGCCCUGCUCGCCCUCAACGGCGUCUCGGCCGACCGCACACCCGUCUCGCACUCGCGCCUCGCCUCGCGGCAGUCGGCCUCGAUCCUGCAAAAGGACUACAAGAACGGCGACCCUGCCCCCGGCGCACGCCAGGGAGACGCCGGCGGACAGUCGAUUGUCAUCAACGGCAACGGCGGACACGACAGCAACUCGCAGCGCGCCGGCUGCGAUAGCAUCUUCAUCGGCAGCGCCGCCGUCGGCGGUUCCUUUUCCUCUGGCUGGACCGAGAUGCCCCAGGUGGUCGGCUUCGAGACCAAGCGCGACCUCGUCGUCGAUGGCGGCCAGACGGUGCAGCCUUACAUCCAGGAGAUGGGCAAGGACGCCUCCAAGAUCAAGCGCGUCAUCAUCGUCCAGCCCGGCCUGCCCCGCGACUACUGGAAGUACUCGAACCUGGUGCGCAACAGCCUCCUCUGCGCCUCGCUCAACCAGACCGCCGGCAUCGACCCUUCGACGAUCCUCAUCACCGCACCCGCCUGGCUCACCCAGGCCGACCGCUCGGCGGGCGCGGGCGAGUCCAACGACCUCUACUUUGCCGGCGGCGGCUGGUCCACUGGCGGCAACUCGGCGGGCCCCAACGACGCCCGCGUCUCGAGCUUCACGGUGCUUGACAAGAUGACUGAAAAGUUCCUCAACAAGGCCGAGUACCCGGCGCUCACGUCGAUCUACGUCACCGGCCACAGCCUGGGCGGAGCCCUGACUCAGCGCUACGCCAUGCUGCGCAAGCCCACCGACGACGACGCCAACGUCGCCUUCCUGACGGGUAACCCGGGUGCCUACGCGUGGCCCAUUACCGACCGCCCGAUCGACAACCCGCCGGACACGUCGUGCGCCAACAGCCGCGACGACUGGACCUACGGCCUCUCGAACCUCAACAGCUACGCUCGCGGCGACGAUCGCAACGACAUCGCAUCGCGCUACGCCUCGCGCAAGGUCGUCUACGGCCUCGGCCUGUCGGACAACGAGCAGGGCGACACCCACUGCGAGGCGGGCUACCAGGGCACCUCGCACCUCACCCGCGGCCAGAACAUGGAAAAAGCCCUCGCCACGCUGCCCGGCGGCGUGCCCGCAUCGCACCACUUCAACUACGUGGCAAACGUCGCCCACGAAGAUUACCUGAUAUUGAGCGACCCGGUGUCGCAGUACUACCUGUUCAAGGAGGGUAUCGACACGCGCGCCGCCGGCAGCGGCAGCGGCUCUGCGUCGAGCUCCGGCUCGUCUGCGGCCGCGUCGUCCACCAGCCGUCCCAGCGGCGGUCAGAGCGGAUCGUCGGGCAGCUCUGGCUCCGGCUCGAGCUCCGGCUCGUCUGGCAGCGGCAGCAGCGGCAACAGCGGCAACAGCAACAACGGAGCUCUCUCUGCACAGGGCAGCCUCGCGGCUUCGAUCGUAGCCGUGGUUGGUGCUGCGGCGGCGGCGGCGGCGCUGCUCUGA